AUGAAAUUCAAUUCAUUCAAGCUCAAGCGACGGGCCCACUCUCUCAGCCGGACAAGCACUGAGCAGUCAUGGAAUGUCUUUCGUCAGAUCAACUGGAGCCGCAACUUUUCCCGCGAUGGCGCCUUGGGUGAGUCUGGAGAGAAACGGGAGGACGAGGAUGCCCGGAGCAAAUCACUAGGAAGGCACCAGCCCUUCACGGCCGCCAACCAGAUCCAGCGCACGCUGCUCAGCUCGUGGAUCAACAUCCUCCUGCUGGCAGCGCCUGUCGGCAUCGCGCUCAACUAUGUCCCCUCAAUCAGCCGGGUCGCCGUCUUCGUGGUCAACUUCAUCGCCAUCAUCCCCCUGGCGGCCAUGCUGGGCUUUGCGACGGAGGAAAUCGCCCUGCGGACUGGCGAGGUCUGGGGCGGCCUGAUCAACGCGACAUUCGGAAACGCCGUGGAACUCAUCGUCGCCAAUGAAGGCUACACCGUUGAUUCUCUCUUUGGUUGCUCAUCGCAGCUACCAAAGCUGAUGUCAGCAGCCUCCCGGUUGUACGUGGCAUCGAAGCAAGAUCUAGUCGACGAGGACGACAUACGCUACCAAGCAGAUGACUUGCAAAAACGCAUUCGAUCGACCCAGUUACCGGAGGAUUCUCAGAUCAAGGUGGGACUCGCUUGCACAGAUGCCUCGCAUGAGUUCUCCACGACUGUCGGGAUGGAAAGGGACGAGCUGCGUCGUCGUGCUACGGCGACGGCCGAGAUCUUCCGACACGCGUCCCAUAUCUACGUUUAUCGCAUUUCCCAUGGCCCGAUGGAGCCGCUAUCGCCCGAGGCGCAGGAAUCACUGGAGACUGCCUUGACCCUGCUCACCCGCGUGCCAGAUGCUCUCGGGCCUGGGGCGAACCUUGGCUGGUGCCUGGUGGUGCUGGGUGCUGAGUUGGACCUGGAGGAGCAGCGGGAAUACAUCAACUCACGGUGGGCAGGGAUGCAUCUUCUCGGCAUAUACAACACUAAGAAUGGACAGAGCAUUCUCAAUGAAGUAUGGAAUAGGCGGGACCUGGUAAGUUCUGGCUUUGCAGAUCCAGAACGGUGGCAAGACACGAUGCAGAGGAUAGGACAGUCGCAAAUAUUGGUGUGA